AUCAAACAAAAAGGAAAACAAACAUGGAGGUGAUUUGAAAAUUUUUCGUCUAAAGGUUUAUAGGAAAUUUGUCUUUAAAAGUUCACCAAAAUGGUUCUAAAUUGUUACAAUGGAGUGUGGGGACAAAGUGCCGUGGUCGUAGUAAUAAUUUGGACGCUUAUUGGAUCGCUACCAGUUACAAAAGCCCAACUGCACAAAAACCUGAAACAUUAUGAAACUCUUCAAACCGACGACCUGACCCAUCGCGUUACAAAACGUGGUGCGAAACCUAGCAGUCACCCAUUCAACACAAUCAAAGAGGUAGAAUUCAAGGUACUAGGUCGCCAUUUCCGGUUGAUAUUACAUCCGCACAAAGAAGUACUUCAUAGUAACUUCCGAGCCUAUGCUGUUGAUGGUAGCGGAACAGAAUCGAUAGUGCAUUUGGACCAUGAUAACUUCUUCAAAGGUCGAGUGUUUGGCGAAACAAAUUCACACGUUAGCGCGCAUCUUGAAAACGGUUUGCUAACAGCGUCGGUUUUUCUCCCGGACGAAACAUAUCACAUCGAGCCUUCCUGGCGGCAUUUGGGAGAUUUGAGCGAUAAGCACAUGAUUGCCUACAAGGCUUCUGACAUCAAAUUUAGUUGGGAUGACGUAGAAGCCAUUGGUGGUGAGCUAGGAGGUGUUCCGAGAACUUGUGGUUACGUUAAGGAGGGCUUGGAGCUUGAAGCUAGCGGAGAUGAUGAAGAUCUGGACGAUGACCCGGGGUUUGAUGAAAUGCAAUCGGUAUGGACUGAACCUACUAAAGAGCGCGAGAACAAAAAAGGUCGUCAAAAGCGGCAGGCGGAUCAGUACGAGUACACGCCUACCAAAACCAGAUGUCCUCUACUGCUAGUUGCCGACUAUCGAUUUUUUCAAGAAAUGGGUGGAAGCAACACCAAAACUACUAUCAAUUAUUUGAUAAGUCUCAUCGAUCGAGUGCACAAAAUUUACAACGAUACCAUAUGGCAGGAUCGCUCAGAUCAAGAAGGCUUCAAGGGUAUGGGAUUUGUCAUCAAGAAAAUUGUGGUACACUCGGAACCGACCAGGGUACGUGGCGGCGAAGCACACUACAAUAUGGUUCGGGAAAAGUGGGACGUUAGAAAUCUGCUAGAGGUUUUCUCACGAGAAUACAGCCAUAAAGAUUUUUGUCUAGCUCAUUUGUUUACGGAUCUUAAAUUUGAGGGUGGUAUUCUCGGUUUAGCUUAUGUAGGUUCCCCUCGACGGAAUUCUGUCGGUGGCAUUUGUACACCAGAAUAUUUCAAAAACGGUUAUACACUCUACCUGAACUCGGGAUUAAGCAGUUCACGCAAUCAUUACGGUCAACGGGUAAUAACGCGGGAAGCGGAUUUGGUAACAGCUCACGAGUUCGGUCAUAAUUGGGGUUCCGAGCAUGAUCCUGACAUACCAGAAUGUUCACCCAGUGCUUCCCAAGGAGGCAGCUUUCUGAUGUACACGUACUCGGUUAGCGGAUACGAUGUGAACAACAAAAAGUUUUCACCUUGUUCGCUGCGUUCAAUUAGGAAGGUGCUUCAGGCCAAAUCGGGGAGGUGCUUUUCCGAACCGGAGGAAUCAUUUUGUGGCAAUCUGCGAGUGGAAGGUGACGAACAGUGUGAUGCUGGUUUGCUAGGAACGGAAGAUAACGAUGCGUGCUGUGAUAAAAAUUGCAAGCUACGCAGAAAUCAAGGUGCCGUUUGCAGCGACAAAAAUUCUCCCUGUUGUCAAAACUGUCAAUACAUGAUGGCUGGGGUGAAAUGUCGGGAAGCUCAAUAUACUACCUGUGAACAAGAAGCCAGAUGUACCGGUAAUCAUGCAGACUGUCCUAAGAGUCCCCCGAUGAGCGACGGAACGAUGUGCCAGGAAAGAGGACAGUGCCGCAAUGGGAAAUGUAUUCCCUAUUGCGAAACGCAAGGACUGCAGAGUUGCAUGUGUGAUACAAUGACGGAUGCUUGCAAACGAUGUUGCAGGCAGAGCAUCAAUGAAACGUGUUUCCCGGUAGAGCCUCCAGAUGUGCUUCCCGAUGGUACACCGUGUAUUCAAGGUUUUUGCAACAAAGGGGUUUGCGAAAAAACCAUCCAAGAUGUGGUGGAACGGUUCUGGGACAUUAUUGAGGAGAUCAAUAUUAACAAAGUAUUGCGUUUUCUAAGAGAUAAUAUCGUCAUGGCCGUCGUCAUGUUGACAGCACUGUUUUGGAUUCCAGUAAGCUGCAUCAUAUCUUACUUUGAUCGCAAGAAAAGGAAGGAAGACUGGAAGGAAUACGAAUGGAGCCAGAAGCUAGAUUUGAUUCACCCUAGUGAUCGUAGAAGAGUGAUUCAUAUCCGAGUUCCUCGUCAGAAAAUAACAGUUGCCAGAAUGUAAUUAUCGAACGUCGACGUUUUCUUUUUCUGUGGUGAUGUGCUACCUAUGUUUUAUGAAGUAUUUUCUUCAAACUUUAAACGAUUUGUUGUUUAGCGACAAUUGCAUGGGUUCAGUGCAGUACCACUCUACUCUUCAUUUUUAUGUUAUGGAUGUCGAACGUGACAAAUUGCGGAUUCCUUUCAAUUCUGAGAACAAACUGGUUGCUGCUAGUAGAAAUAUACAAAAACUGUCGACAA